AUGUGUCUCCUGAGACACAUGCCUUCACAAGGCAUCAGUAGUUUAGGCAAUGAUGAAUGCCAUCAUAAGAACUAUCUGACGGAGCCCACACCAAAGACUCCAUAUAUCAUAUAUCAUGAAGACUCCAUAUAUCAUUUGGAUGACGUUAUUGAACAGUUGGAUGACGUUAUUGUACAGUUGGAUGAUGUUAUUGUACAGUUGGAUGACCUUAUUGUACAGUUGGAUGACGUUAUUGUACAGUUGGAUGACGUUAUUGUACAGUUGGAUGACGUUAUUGAACAGUUGGAUGACGUUAUUGAACAGUUGGAUGACGUUAUUGAACAGUUGGAUGACGUUAUUGUGCAGUUGGAUGACGUUAUUGAACAGUUGGAUGACGUUAUUGAACAGUUGGAUGACGUUAUUGAACAGUUGAUGACGUUAUUGAACAUUGAUGACGUUAUUGAACAGUUGGAUGACGUUAUUGUACAGUUGGAUGACGUUAUUGUACAGUUGGAUGACGUUAUUGUACAGUUGGAUGACGUUAUUGUACAGUUGGAUGACGUUAUUGUGCAGUUGGAUGACGUUAUUGAACAGUUGGAUGACGUUAUUGAACAGUUGGAUGACGUUAUUGAACAGUUGAUGACGUUAUUGAACAUUGAUGACGUUAUUGAACAGUUGGAUGACGUUAUUGUACAGUUGGAUGACGUUAUUGUACAGUUGGAUGACGUUAUUGUACAGUUGGAUGACGUUAUUGUACAGUUGGAUGACGUUAUUGUACAGUUGGAUGACGUUAUUGUACAGUUGGAUAACGUUAUUGAACAGUUGGAUGACGUUAUUGUACAGUUGAAUGACGUUAUUGAACAGUUGGAUGACGUUAUUGUACAGUUGGAUGACGUUAUUGUACAGUUGGAUGGCGUUAUUUUGGAUGACGUUAUUGUACAGUUGGAUGACGUUAUUGUACAGUUGGAUGACGUUAUUGUACAGUUGGAUGACGUUAUUGUACAGUUGGAUGACGUUAUUGUACAGUUGGAUGACGUUAUUGAACAGUUGGAGGACGUUAUUGUACAGUUGAAUGACGUUAUUGUACAGUUGGAUGACGUUAUUGCACAACUGGAUGACGUUAUUGUACAGUUGGAUGACUUAUUGCAUAGUGAUUAG